AUGCCGGUCAUUCUCGAUUGCCUUCAGUUCGCCCUGGGCCGGCUCCUAUAUCCGAUUCGAGGCCACGACUCGCGCCAAAUCAUUCAUGACCCGGCAUUCAAGAACAUUCUCAAGCCGAAUAUAUCCCUUGAGGCCACAGAGUGUGGUCCCUCUGGGUCAAAGCUCCUUAAGCACCACACUUGUCUAGCGGAAGACCGCAUCGGUUGCUUGCCCGAUCUGCGCUGGACGCCCCCGGAAUGCAAUGAGCAUGUCAAGGAGUACCUCUUGAUCUGUGAAGACAUUGAUAUCCCAAUCCCAUGUCUCGUCAUCCACCAUGGGCUCUUUUGGGCCAUUCCCCCUUCAGCCAACACUGCAACCCCAGCCGAUGUCAAGGAGAAGGAUGGAGUUGCAAAGUCACGACAGACCGCUGCUGGCUGGCGGUUCAUUCCAAACCCAUUGGGUACGGCAUAUGGCGGUGCCGGGGCCCCAUAUGGCCAUGGUAGCCACCGUUAUGUCUAUACAAUCAUCGCGUUGAAUGCCCAUCUUGAAUUUCAACACCCUGAGAAGGUCACCAAAAACGACAUCAAGCACGCCAUGGUCGGCAAAGUCAUUGGCUGGGGCCAGUGGGUCGGUACUUUUGAACGCACCUGGUCCUGA